UGUCUGUGUAUUUCAGGUGGUAAUGGCUCAGGCUACACAUCUGUACUUUGACCACCCCUACGAGCCGGACCCGCUAGAGCGAGGGCUGUACUGGGCUCCUCGCUACACAGACACCCGGAAGACGUUCGGUUUCAUGCCCAUGAACAUGUACGCCAACGCUGACGUGGCGAGGUCGGGGGAUCCGCUGACGAAGAAGGACGUCUGUGGGGAGGACCUGGAUGGGUGUAUCCCGCUGGAGAAGCCGGAAAAUAUUGUUGGAAUGCAGGGCCAUCUGUGGAGCGAGCUCGUAAGGAACCGCGACAUCGCCGACUACAUGAUGUUUCCGCGCCUGCUGGCCCUGGCUGAGAGGGCGUGGCACGAGGCGGCGUGGGAGGAGGAGGAGGUCAACACGACAAGACAAGCCAUGGAGGACAGGGACUGGGAGAGGUUCGCCAACACCCUGGGGUACAGUGAGCUCAAGAGACUCGAGAAUAUCGGCAUCAAGUACCGGGUACCUCCCCCGGGAGCAAUAGUUGAAGGCGACCUACUGCGGACGAACGUGGCGUACCCAGGUCUGACGGUGGAGUACAGUUUGGACGAGGGGCAGUCAUGGUGUCAGGCUACAGAACCAGUCCUGCUGAGACUAGCCAAGAGUACACGGAUAUUGCUAAGGACAAGAGGCGCCAACGGAUCACGCGUUAGUCGAGUAGUACAUCUUUUCACCGGGGCGACGGUAAACAGCGGAACUACGAUAUACUCUAUGUCGACAGCAUUAGUUUUGUCUGUUAUAUGUGUUGUGUUUAUGUAAAUGUUAUGAACCACAUUACAUCGGCUAAUUCAUAAUGCUUCUUUCACGAAACCCUAACCACAUUGAAAUUGUAAUCAUUAGUGUUUAUGUAACAUUGUCCGUCCAGAGUC